ACCAUGGCGACAGGCCCAGCGGCCUGUGUCCGAGGAGAAGCCGGGAGCUGCCGUGUAGGCCUCAACCGGGGGCCCCGCUACCCGCCUGGGUAUGAGGCGGGUACGGGGCCGCUGUCAACCGCCUCUGCGGGGAGAAGUUGACCUCAAAAGACAUUCCCAGCCCUUUGCCGGGGCCUGAUGCAGGACUGUUGGUGUACCAAGAUCUGAAUCGUUCUGCUCGCUCUUUCAGCACGUUGGCAUGCUUGCUGUCUUCUGGCCCUUCGGCAUUUUUCUGGUACUGGAACCGUUAUCAAAAAUACCGCAGAUGAAUAUCUGCAAUAAACCUCCUAAUAAGACAGCUCCAGAGAAUUUGGGCGAAGCUGUUCCUGAGGUGCAGGUCCAACGUGCUCGAAGGAAUGGCUGGAGCUGGCCUCUGCACCUUUUCCAGAUUAUUGCCUGGUUGCUGUACCUCUUCUUUGCACUGGUUGGCUUUGGAAUCCUGGUUCCUCUCCUGCCCCGCCACUGGCUGCCUGCUGGCUAUAUCUGUCCAGGAGUCUGUUUUAUCUACCAUUUAGUUGUCCAUCUUACUGCAGUCUCCAUUGAUCCUGCGGAUGCAAAUGUGCGAGAAAAAAACUAUCUAGGGCCUCUGGCCACCUUCAAUCGUAAUCAACAUGCACAUGUCAUUGAAAACCAUCAUUGCCAUGUCUGUGAUGUAGAUGUGAGUGCCAAGUCAAAGCACUGUGGAACUUGCAACAAAUGUGUCUGUGGCUUUGAUCACCACUGCAAAUGGCUGAACAACUGUGUGGGAGAGAGGAAUUACUGGCUCUUUUUGAAUAGCGUGCUGUCUGCCAUUCUGGGCCUUGGGCUUCUGCUGCUCGUCGCUUGCUACGUCUUUGUGGAGUUCUUCAUUGAUCCCGUGAUGCUUCGCUCCGACCGGCACUUUGAUGCUCUAAAGAACCACACGGACCGCUGGUUUGUGUUUCUUCCUGCAGCUCCUGUUGAGACUCGGGCAUCUGCCAUUUUGGUCACGGCUGGGAUUUUUAUUCUUCUGAGCCUAAUGACCGUGAUCCUGCUAGGCCACCUCUUGACCUUUCACAUCUAUCUCAUGUGGAACAAAUUGACUACGUACGAGUACAUCCUGCAGCAGCGUCCCCAGCAAGAGGCGAAAGAGGUUGACAAGCAACUGGAGCCUUGUGCCUCCCAAGCGAGACCCAGUCAGGAAGCAGAAUUUUUUUCAGGUAAUCCUGGCUAUACAGGCCCUGGUAUUCAAGUAGAGGAAUUCUCAACAGUAACUUCGGGAAAAGGCUUUUCAAAGCUCUACGUCGGCAACGAUGAAGCUGACCCCGGGCAGAGCUCCUCUCCUGACCUCCCAUCUCUUCACUUUGCGGUCCCUUCUCAGCGACAGAAAAAAAGAAGAAAGAUGACGCAUAAAGCUUCUUCCUCAGCAAUGGACAGCAGAUCUAAAACUCAUGCUACACCUCGGCCCUCUUUCCCAGAUCCCCAGUCAGAGUUCCCAGCCACGGCUGCUGCCACCUCACCUUCCCACAGACAUCAACUCUUAGUGCCAGCUUUUCCUCCGAGAGCUCCUGUGCCCCCCAGCAGCACCGGCCUCAUCCAGGCAGCAGGACCCCCAGCUGACUAUCACUCAGAGUCCGCCGAAUCCAUGGAUGAGAUUCCCGUGGCUCAGACUCGCCUUGGGAGCACGGCCCUUCAUAGGCCGCCCAAGAAUAACUCAAGCGACUCUCAACGCUAUCCCUUGUCCACAGACAAUCCCAGAGGUGACAGGAAAAAGAAUCUGUAUUCUGGGCACAAGGUAAAAAGGAAAAGCUGCCAGCAAGACGGACGCCUGGAACAAGACCUGGAACUUUUUUCUAAGACUCCUGCUGUGUUUGUAAGUAAGAGCAGUGGAGAACCUCAUGUCUCUUAGGCCCAGCCCAAGUGAGAGCACAUCCGAGCCACGCCACAGAAAACGCACCAGCAUGUGGGCAGACAUGAUCCAUGCUUUAAGGACAUAAGGACAAACACCGCAGCGGCCUAGUGACCAGCUUUCCAAAGCCAUAGCCUUUGGGGACAAGGCAAGAGCUUGUCUUUCUAUUUGUAUGUUGCUGUUCAAAGACCUUAACUCCAGUGACUCUUGACUCAUUCCCUGGAGGUAGCAGCGUCCCUUUGCCUGACGCUGUCCAUCUUCCAGCAGAACCAGCUGAGAGGCAGUAAAAACCCCGUUGUUUCUGGCUGCUGCCUCUCCCUAAGGCAGGAACGCCCCCGAGCCCAGUUCCACUCUCCUUGCCAAGGGGGAACGGUCUCUCCUGACAAGGAUGUGCCCAGGGCUGCCACUGGUCAAGGACUGCAGCAUUAGUACUCCGUAGAGGGCUGAGGGACUCAUCCCUGCGCUGUGUGCUUGCCGUCAGGCUGCAGUGAGACAUUUCUCAUACUCGACCAAGGGCAAGAGGCAAUAAGGUGGCAAACCUGAGCUAGGCAUGUUGCUAGAGAGAACUCGAGCGCUUUCCAAAGGAAAGGGCUGUCCUCUCCUGGCCCUCCACACGCUAGUACUGCAGUAACUUUUGGGAGAGUGUGUGGAGAAGAACAUCUCUGCUGUUCCCUGCACCCUGAAAACUACAUUUCCCAUCUGCCUACACCCUGUCGGUCUCUGGAUCGAGCACAGGGGCUUCAGCAGGUGGUCAGGGAGUAACCUCAGGAUUGCCCUGUCCCUGUACCGCCCCAAGCCAAGUCCACCACCAGCAGGUGCUCAGCAAGGCAGCGUAGUUUGACCUGCUCUGCCUCCCCAGCACCCACAGUGCGACUUUCUCCUCAGAAGCUCUGGGAUACAGCAGGUCCCAAAACCUUUCCAUUCCUGGGCUGCCAGAUCCACAUUAGUCCACAGCCAAGCUUGGAGUCUCUGUAGCGCAGAAAAAUCUGUCAGCAGACACUGGGGCACGUAGCCAGUGCCUCGAGUCACGGUACCCUGAGAAGCGAGAGCUGUCUGGGCUGCCACGCUACAGUGCCUCGGCUUUCCCUGCCCUCUCAGCUUCCCCGGGCAGCAUGCCCCGUUUCAAAUUCCUGGCUGAGCGCUGAGGCCAGGGCUGCCAGCAAGCUCAGAUCUGCCCAGCAGCCAGUGAACCUUGGAGCCCGGGAUAGCAGCUACGCACGCGUCCCGAUGGGUCUUGCACCCGGCGUGGGUGUCCCUGACACAAUUUGUCAUUUGACAGCCACGGCACCUGCACAGCCUUGGCGCCCUGAGCAGCUGGCUUGGCCGGCUGCACCGUUUCUGGACAGGCCCCCGGCGGUGCACGCUGCCGGUGUGUGUGAACACACAGGUGCCCCAGCAGAGAAGAGGAAACCUGGGAAGUCUUUAUCACCCUACCAAAUGUUUUGAUGCAUGGAAACCACAAACAACCCUUUCUCCAGACCACAGCGGGGGCAGGUUAGGGAAGGACAAGACAAAGUGGGGUGCUAUGUGAGUCGAGCUUAGCUGUUCCUGCCCUUCCCUAGCUCAGUCUGCGAGCAUUCGUCAGAAACGGUUCAGAGCAGGACAGGAUAUCUGGGAACAAACGCUCUUUGGGCACAGCUACCACAGGACAGGCAGGCUCGACUUCCAGCUUUGAAGUACGCACUUCCCAGCCCGGAUGUUGCCAUUCAUCCCAGUACUUACACCGUCUCUAUGAGGUGGACACAAAGUCCACUUCCCCUGGAGCUUUAGCCCAGAUUUCCUUCUGGAGAGCUCACAUCAGCAAACAGAGGCAGGAAGGUGCCCGCUGUAUGUCGAAAGCCUCUGCCCACUCUGGGAGCACCCCUGAACGCUUCGGAAGCAGCCCAGCGUGUCACCUGGCCAGCACCGUGCUGUGUGGUGCUGGUGCAGCAGAUGUUGCAGAGCGGUGCUUGCCUUCAAGGAGAAGGCAAAGUGCUGCAGCUGCUCCUGGAAACGCGCGAUCCUUGCAGAGCUGAAGCUGGAGCAGGGGAGCCCUCCCUUUGCUGAAGGGUGUGUGGGGUAAGUGUGGCUCAGAGACAGAACCAUCCAGGCCGAGCAGUCCUUGGGAAAUUCUGGCAAAGCAGCGUAGAUACGAUCACUGACCCGCCAUACUUCUCUAAAGGGUUGUCUACCAUCUUCUCUGUUGUCUGAUCUUUGACUCCUGAAAGAGCUGGAAUGAGGAGCCUUGUCUCUUCAUCAAAUUAUGUGAGCCAUUGAUCAGCAAAAGUGAAGUCUGACGUAGCUGGUGAAGUCAUUAUGUCUAAAUUUGCAGGAAGGGUUGGCCUGUGGUCACACUCCUCGCAGCUUCCCUUGCUGCUGUGGUACUCGCUGGUGGUGUGGGACCAACCGUUGUCAACCACUGAUGGAUCCUGGUUAAAGUCCUUCCAGUUGUUUCCCCUCAUGUCUGCUGUCAUCCCAGAGAAGCACACCCUGCAGUAAUGCCAGGCUCAGAGUUUUCAAAGGCCCCUCCACCCAGGAAGCAUUGGUGAUUUCUCUCCAGGAGGAGCCCCUGAGCAGAGCUCGUGUGUUUUCUUACCCCUUGUCCAUGCAGAACCUGUCCCAAAGUCACUUAUGGAGCUCUUUAGUAGCUCUGUCCACAAUAAAAUUUUCUAUGCCCUUUG